GAUAAAAAAAAAUAACAAAACGUCAUUUUUGACAUUUUGAAGUGUCAGCUGUUGUGGUGAUUUAAAUGCAGUGGUUUUUGUUUAAGCAUCUAAAAACUGCACAAAAAAGCAUCCAAAUAGAAAUUGCGUAUGAAAAUAAACAAACGUAAUCUCAUUACAUAUUAAACUGCAAGCAAUAAAUAUAUUAAAUUAAUCAGCUAUUGAAUGCACUUAAAGCGGUAGAGCGUUUUGUAGGAAAACGCAAACAGCAAAGAAACGAAGUCAUGAGCUACGAGGACGACGAGUAUCAUGUGGACACGUUUCCAAAAGACUUUGGUUACGGUUCAUUCGAUCAGGAUGGCUUGGAUGAGCCUGGUAUGGGCGGUGGCGAAUCUAAACCACGCAUACUACUUAUGGGUUUGCGACGUUCGGGCAAAAGUUCUAUACAAAAAGUCGUCUUCCACAAAAUGUCACCGAACGAAACAUUGUUCCUUGAAUCAACAAGCAAAAUUGUUAAGGAUGACAUAAACAAUUCCAGCUUCGUGCAGUUUGAGAUUUGGGACUUUCCCGGACAAAUCGACUUCAUAGAUCCCACAUUCGAUUCCGAUAUGAUAUUCGGUGGUUGCGGUGCUUUGGUAUUCGUAAUCGAUGCGAAGGAUGAUUACAAUGAGGCAUUGACAAAAUUUAAGAAUACCGUUAUAAAAGCAUAUAAAGUAAAUCCACGCAUAAAGUUCGAAGUAUUCAUACACAAGGUUGAUGGUAUUAGUGACGACUCAAAAAUGGAAUCACAGCGGGAUAUACAUCAGCGCGCCUCUGACGAUCUGAGCGAUGCCGGACUUAACCAGAUACAUUUGAGUUUUCAUUUAACUUCCAUAUAUGAUCAUUCGAUAUUCGAAGCUUUCUCCAAAGUAGUGCAAAAAUUAAUACCACAAUUACCAACAUUGGAGAAUCUGCUCAACAUUUUUAUAUCGCAUUCGGGUAUCGAGAAAGCGUUCCUUUUUGAUGUAGUUUCAAAGAUCUACAUCGCCACCGAUUGUUCGCCUGUAGAUAUGCAAAGCUAUGAACUUUGUUGUGACAUGAUCGAUGUGGUCAUUGAUCUCUCGAGCAUUUAUAGCUCAGAGGAAGCGGCAUUCGACCAUGAAAGCUCUAGUCUCAUUAAGCUGAACAACAAUACGAUUUUGUAUUUACGAGAAGUAAACAAAUUUCUUGCGCUAGUAUGCAUAUUACGAGAGGAGAAUUUCAAUCGGCAAGGUGUUAUCGACUUUAACUUUUUAUGCUUCCGCAAAGCUAUCAGCGAAGUUUUUGAAUUGCGAAUGAAAAGCCAAAAACUCGAGACAUUAGAAGAACAAAUUGAACCAGAGGAUGAUGUUGUGGACGAGGAUGAGGAUGAGCUUGUUGCACGCGUUAAUGAGAAUCAUUUGAAUUAAUUUGUUCUUAUAACGCGUUUUUUUUUUAUAAACGGAUGUAUAUGCAUUCAAGAUGAUUUAACGAACAACCAUAGUAAGCAGGGCAAAAGAGUGUACAAGUUGUUUACAUUUUGUGUUAGGCAAUUAUAUGCGAUUUAAACCGAAA